AGCAUCUGAGAGCGGAGUGGAAACAGGAAGAGGAGGAGGUGAGGUGGAAGAAAGAAGACAGAGGAGCGAGGAACGGGCCAGACAAGGUGGCGAGGAGUGAAAGGGAGGAAUAGGGGAGCCAAGAGGGGCGUGUGGACCAAAGAGAGCGAAGACAAGAAAAAAAAGAGCUCACGGAGGAUGACCAUGUCUAUUUAAAGGGACUGCACGGGUCUGCUGUCUGGCUAUUCCUGACUGACAGCGUCAUCGAAUUGGGACCAGAUUCUGUCUCCCCCUUCCUCUCAGUGCUCAUUGUAAGGUGUGAAGUGGAGGGCCGACCAAACACAGACCAAGACUGGCUGCAUGUAUCACCCCGCAGAGCUGUACUCUGGCCGCAACACAUGGGACUCCUAUCCAGCUGGAGGACCUAACAGAGGACAAUGGGCUCCUGUAAACAGUCGCCCCUGGAGCCACACAGAAAGAUCCCAAGAAGGGCGCAAUCAAUCACAUUAUCCACCAUCAAGUCGUCUUUAUAGUAGGGGGGAGAGAACGGUUAACAAUUUCCAGGACAAGGGUAUCUCUAAGGGGCACAGACAGCCGCCGCAUCUCUGGGAUGACAAAGAGCCGCCUUUUGAGGCCCAGACCUGGCAUCACAACUCAACACACUCAUUCCACAACAGAGCUGGCAACAGUAACGGUUAUCUAACAGGACCAGGAGAGCGCUACUCACACUGGGACAACACUGCCAGCAACACGGUGUAUGGGGGGCCUCGCCUGCAUCGCAACAAUAGAGAACUCCAAACCCCACCGGACAGAUGGGCCCCCUCAGACUGUCGCAGGAGCUUUCCUGGCAGAAUGAUGAACAACAAGCCACAACCCUGGAAGCGUCCAGUCCUCCACCAGCAGCGUGACCACCUGCACCAGCACAGCCCGCCUCCACAGCACCCGUUAUCCCCUAGGGAAGAGUGUCUGGCCAAGAGGAGAAGGGACUCUGGCCCCGAUCAGUCAUCUCAUCCUGCAUCACGACAUGUACCUUUACUUGGUCAUGCCCCUUCGCCACCUCGCCACCACCGCUGCAGCCAGGACGACUGGAAGCCUCAAAAUGACAGGGGAGGUCAUUGCCAUCACUCUGACCACAGGACCUCAACCCAGCAACAGGAAACCUCUAAAGCACGAGUUGGAGGACAUGGCUUCAAUAACAGUCACCAGGCUGCUCUGAACCAGGGUUGUGGCGGCAGAGCACCUCAUCACGGAAGCAGGGGGAAGGUCGACCGGAAAAUGUCCUCGUCACCAGCAGACCACCCCCGUGUGCCUUACAGCCAUCAAAACCAUCAUUACCACUAUCAACAACGGCACACAAGCCACCCCAGAGCCCUUCAGCACAACCCGCAGCUACACACUGCUGAGGAAAAAGACUCACGGAGGCAUCACCACAAACAAAGCACAGAACCUCAGCGCUUUCAUCAAAGGGGCAAUUCAAGGGAUCCUGCCCAAUUCAAGAGUUCAGGGGAAGACUCUCCUUCCUAUUCGACCCUCCUCUGCAGCCCUAAAGAUGGAGGUUCUACUGCCAGCAGUCCACGUGCUCCUCCAAGUCCCUCUCCAUACACAGUGGCCAGUAGCAGAAAAGAUCCAUCACUCGUUCAUCAGUGUAGCCCUGACCUCAGUGGACAGCAGAAACUCCAAGGAAGCCCCAAUCACACCCCGAGACCUAGCCAGACAUCCACCGCGUCCCACAACUCUAGCGAUGUUCCAAAAUCCUGGUUGUCAGACGUCAAAUAUAGAAAGACUUCGCAGCCCCUCUGCUCACGACAGUCCUCCCACAGCAGGUCGAGAGCAAACAAGCCUGAGAAGGAGUUAGAAGAACUCAACAAAACGGAGAAGCCAGUGAAAAGGGAGAGAAAGGGUGAAGAGAGGAAGAGGCGUAAGAAAAAAGAGGAAAAAAGAUUGUCUGAGAGGAAAAGGCGGAGGGAUAAAAUACCAAAGAGGGAUAGAAAGUUCAAAACUGGAGUUACGGAAAAGGAAACGUUGACUUCUAUCUUUACUUCCCACUUUUCAGGAGAAGCCCAAAUGGAGACUACAACUCUGUCCCUCGACAAUCAAAGCCAGGCACCAUGCAAACACAAGCACAGAGAGAGGAGUGCUCGAACACGAAAACCAUCCACAAACACUCCUCUUCCCUCUUCACCACAGCCAUCCUCAAAAUCUGUUAAUAUUAAAAUGCCCAAGAAGAACAAUAGUGCCCCAAAACUCAAGAAUCACCUUAAAAAGUCUCCUUCUAGCAUUCCCAUAAACGCCAAACUGUCCGUCAAGAAGCCCGCCAUCGCUUCGAAACACAGCCCCAAAGCAAAGCCCGAUGACACGCUCCCUUCACUUUUAUUUAAAGCCUUAGCGCCUCUCAGUUCAGCCUGUUCUUUCACCUUGGAGGUGCCUGUUCAUCGCCGAGAAGGUGGCCAGGGAGGGGCUCUCAAUGCUCCAGACCUACAGCCUGAGGGAAAUCUAAGAGAAAUAGAAGACAACCUUGCAGAUACACCUCCUGUUCUUAGCUGGCAGGGCUCACCAGUGUCGAUUCUGGGAGAAGACGAAGAGGAGCUAGAAAAAGGAGUGAUGAGUAGACCUGUCCUCCAGCUCAGUCCCACCCAGUGCUUCACUCCUCCUCUUUCCGACGACAGCGAGAGCUCCACCGAUAUAAAAAAGGAAGCUUGCGAAGACCAACAGGUGGAUUAUUCCCUGCCUGCAAUCUGCAAUCCCCCCAGUGCAAAGGUGCCAGUUGCUGAGGAAGAAAAGGAAGACAGCCGUGGGGAAACCCCUGACUCUUCUUUCCAUAAGCUUUGCCACAAUAAAACUGGUCUGGACGAUGUCUUCAAGAGCCUGGCAACUUUCCUCGGAGGCCAGCGGGUCACAUGUCGAGGCGGUCCAUUUGGGGGUCCUCCUGCCUGCACCACCAAAGGAGUGAAGUACUCCUCUUCUCUUGAACUGGGGCCGGAUAUUCAUGAGCAUCAGGACUUCUGUAUAUCAGACACAGCAUCCUCCAAACCCGGUAAUCAGUCACCAACUCUCACCUCUGACACCCUUUUGAAAGCCCACAGUCCGAGGGAGCCUGUCGCAGAAUCCCCGUCUCAGUGUAAGCAGAAAGAACUUGAAAACAGCAUGAAAGAGAAGCAAGCUAGUGAAGAAAUGGAGAUCCUCGCCAAAGGAACAGAGACCUCUCUUUUGGACGGGUCACUUAGUGCCGAGCUGAGUCUGACCACCACGCAUACAGCCUCGAUCACCAGCCGCAUUACUGUCUCGACCAAGGAUGAGAGAGGACACAGCAAAGACACUUCUGGGAACAGAAAGAGAAAACAUAAGGGCACGGAUGGAGAAAGAGAAGGAGAGAUACAAAUCAAGAUAAAGACGGAAGAGAGCAGGAUCAUGUGUCCUAAAAACAAAGCAAACGACAUAAGGGAUUUGGCGAAAAGGGAUGUUUCCUCCUCGGUGCUUGUCCUUUCCAGAAAGUCAGCCAAACUCCUAAAAGAAAGCACGAAGGGCCAGAUUUCUCAAACAAAUCAAACCCCACACGGCAUCAAUAAAGAAAAGGGGAAUGAAGAGGCACAGAUAAAAAUGGCGAAGAAGGAAGAGUUACAAAAUAACACCAAGACUACACCAACCAAUACAACCACGCCUUCAGUCUCUACGAUUCAAUAUGACCCGCUGAGACUGAAAGCUUUGUCUAUGGGCUUGUCAAAGGAGUUGAAGAUCCUCUUAAUAAAAGUAGAUGCCGGAAGACAAACAUUCGACAUGUCAGAGUUUGAACCAAGAAUCCCUCUAUCCAAGAUUAGCAUUGAAAACACCGGCGCUGAAGUAGUAAGAGCUUGCAAGGGGGAGAAGGUUCAGGGGAAAUUCAAGGAGUCCUUCCUGCUUCCCGCCUUCAAUGUUAAACCCAACAUUGACACCGAGACCAAAAUCCCUCGAGAAAAGCUCAAUCCUCCCACACCGAGCAUCUAUUUGGAGAGCAAGAGGGACGCCUUCUCUCCAGUCCUGCUUCAGUUCUGCACUGAUCCCAAAAAUGCAGUAACAGUCAUCAGAGGACUUGCUGGCUCUCUCCGCCUAAACCUUGGACUGUUCUCCACCAAAUCCCUGGUGGAGGCCAACGCGGAGCAUGCAGUGGAGGUGAGGACUCAGGUUCAGCAGCCUGCCGAUGAGAACUGGGAUCACCAUGGUUCGGCGCAGACGUGGCCCUGUGAAAGCAGCCGCUCACACACCACAAUUGCCAAAUACGCCCAAUACCAGGCCUCCAGCUUCCAGGAGAGCCUACAGGAGGAGAAGGAGAGCGAGAACGAAGAUGACGAAGAGCAGUCCGAGUCUUCAGAAACAUCAGCCGCCACAAAAGCAGCUCUGUCAUUUGCCCAGGUUACAGUCAGUCCUGCCUCCACUACAACUAAAGCCAAUUCUGCUUCCAUCUCCAGCAUAGAGGAACAUGCCAACAGCACCCCCAGCUCUGAGCAGAAAACAGGCAGGAAGAUCAUUAAAUUUGGGACCAAUAUUGAUCUCUCCGACCCUAAAAGGUGGAAACCCCAGCUGCAGGAGCUGCUGAAGCUGCCAGCUUUCAUGCGGGUGGAAUCCAGCAACAACAUGCUCAGUCACGUCGGCAGCACCAUCCUGGGCAUGAACACCGUCCAGCUCUACAUGAAGGUGCCAGGCAGCCGCACACCAGGUCAUCAAGAGAACAACAACUUCUGCUCAGUCAACAUCAACAUCGGUCCUGGUGACUGUGAGUGGUUCGCCGUCCAUGAGCACUACUGGGACGCCAUCAACAAAUUCUGUGAGAAGCAUAAAGUAGACUACCUAACAGGGUCCUGGUGGCCGGUCCUGGAAGACCUCUACAGCGCCAACAUUCCCGUGUACCGCUUCAUUCAGAGGCCGGGAGACCUGGUGUGGAUUAAUGCAGGGACUGUGCACUGGGUCCAGGCGGUGGGCUGGUGCAACAACAUCGCCUGGAAUGUUGGACCACUCAACUCAUACCAAUACCAACUGGCCCUGGAGCGCUACCAGUGGAACGAGUUGAAGAAGGUUAAGUCAAUCGUCCCAAUGAUCCACGUGUCCUGGAAUGUGGCUCGCACCAUCAAGAUCACCGACCGGGAUACCUGCAAGAUGGUCAAACACUGCCUGAUGCAGUCCAUCAAGCACAUCCAGAUGUUGAGAGAGCAGCUGGUGGCUGCAGGGAAGAAGAUCUGUUACCAGAGCCGCGUGAAGGACGAGCCCGCCUACUACUGCAACGACUGUGACGUGGAGGUGUUUGACCUGCUGCUUGUGACCAGUGACAACAGCACUAAGAAGAGCUACGUGGUGCACUGUGAGGACUGCGCCCGAGCUAAGAGCGUGUUGCUGGCGGGAGUCGUGGUGCUGGAGCAGUAUCGGAUUGAGGAGCUGAUGAGAAUCUACGACGCCUUCACACUGGCUCCAUCACCCGUUUCAAAGUGAGGACUCCUCCCUGGCGUCUUUCAGCCAUAAACCAAAACUCUAAUGGCUGCACAAAUGUUGUCUUCAAGGCAAUCUAUUCCUAGAAAACACUCUCUGAAUCAGCCAAUCACGUUUACUCAGUAUUGUUUACAUCACACAAUAAGGUAUGGAUACUCAGCCAAUCCAACUAUAGCUCACCGUCUUCCCCAUACCAGCUGCUGGUUGGACGUGUGUUUUGAAAUAGAAUGACUAGACUGGUACUUCUCAUGAAAAGCAUUUUAGAUAUUUAAAAAAAAAAAGAAAAUAUGUGAGCACUGCUAGCAUUGGAAAUCAGGUUAUAUGUUCAACGGACACUGCUGUGAUUGAAAAGCGUCAAGUAGCCGGUUCUUUGUAUAAAUUCAGGUACUUUUAUGCAAAUUCAGUAGAACUUUUUUUACACCACUCUAGUUAUUCUAUGUGUCCAUGAAUUUGCUGUGAUUCUGUCGUACCAGCAGGGGAAUCACUUCACAGGAUGAGUAGCUGAUUGUCACAUCGUAUUGGUUCCUGUUUUUGUUUGCUAUUCAGGUAAACUCCGACAUUUGUAAUUCCUGUCUGUAUACUCAUUGAGGUGCUACUCCAAUCUAAUUUAUUCCCGUUAGAUACUUAAAAAAGUGUUACCAGCCUAUAAGUACACCACAUUGGCCUUGCAAACUGUAUUUAGAGGUAAUUAGAGGUUUAAACACACAAAUAAGGAUUUAUGUAGGUAUUAAAAAAACAAACUUGUAUUGGUUUCUCUUGAAUAUGGGUUUAAAGACGACUAAAACGAUUUUACUGUAGUUUGAAAUCAAGUUUGUAAAUGAUAAAAUAGUUUUUUGUUUUGUAUCCCUCUAAAUAGAUGCGUGGUUUUCUAUGAUACACCCGGAAAACAGACAUAGUGUUGUUCUUAUUUUUGGAAUGGGAAAAUAAUCCCAGUUUUAUACCUCUUUUGUUGCUUUGUUCUCGUUUCUAGACAGAAAAAAUUAAAUAAUUGUAAAUUGUGAAUGAAUUUAUGGGAUACACAGUGGUGUGCAUAGACGGGGUACAGAGGGGGACAGGGAGGGUCACCAUUGAUGUUUAUGUCAAUGAAGUGCCAGGUUCUGUCUGGAAAAGUAAUAUGUCCAAAGAGACACACAAUCAUGAGGCCAAAUAGACGAGCGGACUGAGCGGCACAUCGUUGUUUUAAUUUAGCCCCUGAAACAUCCGUCCUGUUCAGUGCACUGCCAGCUUUAUAUACUGUAAUCCAGUUUUACACGUUAUAGAGCACAUGAAUUGAGACAUGACAGGAAAGGUCCAGUCAUUUUCACCCAACUUUAAACAAUCUUUCAAAAUAAAGGGUUUCAUUUUGUUGAGGCUAGGCUAAACUGCAGAAGCCCUGAAAGGCAGGUGAGGAAAGUCAAAUCUACAUUGAGUUCUCCUGUGUUUAUGACUUAAGAAAAGCUAAACUUCUUUCCUUUCUUUGGGCGGGAAUCGUUUUUAAUUUUCUUAGUUACUUAUUUUCUCAUUUGUGAAAACAGUUUGGGGGGAGGGUUAGCAGGAUAUAAAAAGAAAAGUGUUUUAUGUUGUAAUAUUGAUUUUGGCCACAAGAGGCAUAACUGCACCAAUAUACCUUGUUCUAAAAAGGACUGAAAACAUUCAUUUAUCAUGCCACCUGAGUUUAAAUAUCUCCAUGCAUUCUAAAACAAACUAUAUAUAUUUUGUACAAUAUAUGUAUAUUAUAUAUUGUAUAUAUUUCUUGGAAGAAAGACCUAAAUCCUUUAAGUCCUAUUUAGUGCAUGGGGUAGUGGUGCACUUCAGCCUCGUGUGGCCAAAAUGAGUAUUACAACAACAAACACCUGUUCACAGAUUUCAAAAAGGAACUUAGAAAUUCUUGAAAACCAAGUUAUUUGAAUGAACACAGGAGACAAAACAAUGUAUAUCAGACUUAGAUCACGUAUCAGCAGAAAUUAUGUUUUCAUCUCAUGGCUUCCAUCACCAUCCUUAGCUUCAUACAUGAAAUUAAAUUAUUUUACUGCAAUGAUUUGAUCACCUGGGUAAGGCCUAUUUAUAGUAGUUCUAGUAUUUCUGCUGUUAAAGCAUUUCAAAUGAAUCCCAACAAAUGACAUCUGUCAUAUAUCAGCCCUUCCCUCAUUAGUCUGUGCACACCAUUUACUGUACAUAAUGUAUCUGUUUUCAGGUUCUCAAUAUGACUUAUGUAUGUGGUUUUGUUCUCAAUCAAAUAUUGAAUUUGUUUGUGGUCGAAUCUUUCUGCAUCCGACUUUAUGGUUUGUUGUUGCUGUAUUAUAAAACAACCUAAAAAUAUCCUUUUUCACUCAAGUUAAAUUACUGCAAUGGGAAUUUGUUCCCACUUUUAUACCUCUUUUUGUUGUCAGUUUCUGUUUUUUGGAUCACAGAGAAAAAGGAAAAUUGUAAAUUGUGACAUUAUUUAUACUGUACAUGGUGGUUUUCUUAUAUAUUUAUUGCGUAUCAAAGGGCACUUCACUUGAUAAGGGGCUACAAGGUAUUUUAAAAUUGUAGUGUGGGUGUAUUGUGUGGAUAGGGGAAGUGCAAUCAGGGGCCUGUUUAAUUUUCAUGGUGCUAGACCCCUCCUUGCCUCAUUGCCCCCCUCAUUAAACAGCAUAUAACGAUAUACAGUAUGAACAUUAUCAGUGAUAAAACUGGUGCUUAGAUCCAUUUCAACACAGUUUAGUGGUUACAGAAAUGGAAUGAUGUCUUUGUACUGUAUCAGAUUAUUCAAGAUCUUUUCAAAUGUUUUUUUUUCCAUUGUAUGAAAUUCAUAAUCUUGUGAGGCAUUAGUGGUUUUAUGAUGCACAUUAGCAGUAGUUGUACUUCUUGACACCUUUUGCAGAGACUUUUAGGGAUGUGACUUUUAAUGACGUCAAGGUUUUGUUUUGUGUCUUGUCCUCAUUAGUAUUAUUUGAAGGAUGUAAUAAUGCUAUCUUUUCCCCUUGACUUGUUUGAUUUAUGCUGCACUUAUUGUUUUAAAAAAAGAACUCGCAUAGAAGAAAACCUGAGCCAGACCUGUCUUAAAUCCCUCUGUGAUUUUUCUGUGACAUAUUGUAUUGUUGUUCAAGAAAAAUAAAAUGUUUUGAUAAAUUA